AAAUUUUUAAAAUUUAUUGUGAAGUCCAAACGAAAAAUACUAUUCUCUAAUUAGUAAUUACACUUAAUCGAAAUAUAAUGUAUCGAUAUUUCCCAUUUCCUCAAGAACAUCCACUCCGGUGUCGAACACUAUAUAAUAAAUCUAUAUAUCUACAGAGCUAAUUAUGUUUUUCAUUUAUACAUCACUGCAUCUCAAUUAAGCGGAAAAUGGCAGACCAAUCAGCAACCGCCGCCGCCGCCAAGAAGCCGGUGUGCGUCACCGGAGCCAACGGCUUCAUAGGCUCAUGGAUAGUGAAAACCCUCCUUGAGAACGGCUACACCACCAUCCACCUCUCCGUAUUCCCCGGCUCCGACCCAUCCCACCUCUUCUCCCUCCCCGCCGCCGCCGCCGCCAGCCUGGUCGUGCACCAGGUCGACCUCCUCGACGCCGCCGCCGUCGACAGGGCCGUGGAGGGGUGCGCCGGAGGUGGGGUCUUCCACGUGGCGUCGCCGUGCACGCUCGACGAUCCCGUGGACCCACAGGCGGAGCUGGUGGACCCCGCCGUGAAGGGCACCCUGAACGUGCUCGCCGCCGCGAAGAAAUUCGGCGUGCGGCGCGUGGUGCUCACUUCAUCGAUCUCGGCCAUGGUGCCCAACCCUGGGUGGACACGUGGCAAGGUGUUUGAUGAGUCUUCCUGGACCGAUCUCGACUACUGCACAUCGCGUCAGAAAUGGUAUCCAGUGUCAAAAACCCUAGCCGAGAAAGCCGCAUGGGAUUUUGCAUCGAAAAACGACGUGGACGUGGUAGCAAUAAAUCCCGCCACCUGUCUCGGCCAACUAUUGCAACCCGGACUGAACGCCAGCUGUGCGGUCUUGCAGCAAUUACUGCAGGGGUCGAAAGACACACAAGAGUACCACUGGUUAGGUGCCGUCCAUGUCAAAGAUGUCGCUAAGGCGCAACUUUUGCUCUACGAAACUCCUUCAGCCACCGGUAGAUACCUUUGCACCAACGGUAUCUAUCAAUUUGCUGAAUUCGCCGACAAAAUAUCGAAAUUAUUUCCUCAAUAUCCCGUCCACAGAUUUAGGGGCGAAACACAACCGGGGCUCGUUUCUUGCAAAGAUGCUGCAAGGAGAUUGAUUGAUUUAGGAUUAGUUUUUACUCCAGUCGAAGAUGCUGUGAGGGACACCGUGUUAAGCCUUGAAGCUAAAGGCUUCCUUGCGCAGCAAAAGCCAUCAUCAUCAACUUAAAAGUGCUUUUUUUUAGAAAUCGGAAAAAUCGGCAUCUUUUUCGUUGUUUAUUCGAUGCUAUAAUGAAACUCCAAUAAAAUAUUUUUAUUUAUUAAUCUAAAGUAGUUUUAUAGGCUUCA